GUUUCACAAAAGAAGUACAGGUUAUAUUCACCUACUUCAAAAACACAGCUUAUGGCAAGGGGUUGCUGACAGGGGCCCCUAUUAAAACCACUGCCAGAAAAAUGGCACAUACACAGAAAAGUGUGGCGGCCUCCAAAAAGUUCAAAAUGAGAAAACAAAAAACCGAAAGCAAUACCUUGGAAAGUGACAUGAAAAGCGAGAGUACAAUUAGAAAGGACUUUGAUCCCAAAAUCCAAACUAGUUUAGACACUAUAUCGGCUAGAGUAAAUCCAGAGACAUUAAAUUCAGACCAAACAAUAGAUGACUUGAACUCUGUUAGUGUCAAAAUUGAGACUGAUGAAUGGUAUAGUACGGCUUCUGAUUUUUAUUCUGAUUGUGCCAAAUCAAAACAGGUUCUAUGGGAAGAGAGACAUCCAGAUUGCAACAAACAAGAUGGCUUCACCUCUGAAUGUGCGAAAUCAGAACAGAUGGAAUGUGAAGUUAUGCGUCAAGAUGUUACCAGACAAGCUUGCUUAAAUUCUGAAUGUGUGAACAAAAACACGACUUCCAAUUCAAAUGCACAAGAUGAGCUCCAUUCUGUAUUUGGGGCAACACAACAGUCUCUAAAUCCAAUUACAGACCAGGAUUAUUUAUCAACAAAUGACUUCAAUAAUAAAUGUGGUAUAGCUAAACAGAAUAUUAAGACAGAAACAGACAAUGAAAAUACAACAGUAAAUACAAGUACAUGUUCAAAAACACCAGAGAAUCAAGCUAAACUGGCCGACCAAUAUUCUGUAUAUCUGACCUGGGAAGAGAUUGAACUUUCAAAUGUUGACGAAUUUUGUGCUAAAUCAGCUGUUGGUGGAGGGACAAUACAAAUGGACCAAUACUCCAACUUAAAUGUUCCAAGACAUUCGGACUCGGAAAAAGAGAAUGCUGUGACAGGAACUCUUCCCCUUUUCCUGGAACCAACUAAGAUUAAAUUGGAGGAAAAGGAUGACCAUGUGAACAAAGUUAAAAGAAUGAAGAUAACGAUGUCCCCAGAAAAAGACAAGACUGAGUACAUUCUUCAACUGAGGAACCUUGCCAGCUGUAUGAGCCUGGAACCCCCAGAUAAUGACCAUUUUCUCUACUGUGGAGAAUGCAAUAAGGAGUUUGAUGGGGACUGCCCUGUCCAUGGACCCUAUAACUACAUACAGGACAAAGAGGUGCCUGAAGAAGACCCUCUUAAAGCUGAGCAUACCUUGCCAGAUUGCCUUGAAAUCAAAACAUCCAAAAUAGCUGGAGCUGGUCUUGGAGUGUUUUCCAAGGAGGGACUGGUAUCCAGGAUCAUGUUUGGACCGUAUGGGGGAGAUAUCAUCACUGACAACCAUAAGUCAGGGUAUUGCUGGCAGGGAAAGAUCUAUAAGGAUGGCAAAGGGAGUCACUUUGUGGAUGCCCAGAACAAAGCCACCUCUAACUGGAUGAGAUAUGUGAACUGUGCUAUGACGGAGGCAGAUCGGAACCUUGUAGGAUUGCAGUACAAAGGAGGCAUCUAUUACUGCACAUUGAAGCCAGUUUCACCAGAUGAAGAACUGCUGGUCUGGUACAGAGAUGAAUUAGCCAGAAAACUUGGCCUCAUCAGACCCAAAAACCUGCCGAGCAGUUGUUCAAGUAAAAACAUACAUUCAGGAGAGAGACCUAACAAGUGUGAGGAGUACGGUUUUGCUUGUAAGCAGAGUUCUGGCUUGAAGAAACACAUGAGGAUACAUACAGGAGAGAGACUGUACAAGUGUGAGGAGUGUGGUGGUACUUUUAACCAGAGUUCUGACUUGAAGCAACACAUGAGGGUACAUUCAGGAGAGAGAUUGUACAAGUGUGAGGAGUGUGGCUAUUCUUGUUACCAGAGUAGUACCUUAAAGACACACAUGAGGAUACAUUCAGGAGAGAGACUGUACAAGUGUGAGGAGUGUGGUUAUGCAUGUGACCAGAGUAGUACCUUGAAGACACACAUGAGUAUACAUUCAGGAGAGAGACCGUACAAGUGUGAGGAGUGUGGUUAUGCUUGUAAGCAGAGUAGUACCUUGAAGACACACAUGAGGAUACAUACAGAAGAGAGACUGUACAAAUGUGAGGUGUGUGGUAAAGCAUUUAAACAGAGUGGAAACUUGAAGACGCACAUGAGGAUACAUACAGGAGAGAGACCGCACAAGUGUGAGGUGUGCCGUUAUGCAUGUAAUACGAGUUCUGACUUGAAGAUACACAUGAGGAUACAUACAGGAGAGAGACCGCACAAGUGUGAGAUGUGCAGUUAUGCAUGUAAGACGAGUUCUGACUUGAAGACACACAUUAGGAUACAUACAGGAGAAAAACCUUUCAAGUGUGAGGUGUGUGGCUAUGCUUGUAAUCAUAGUUCUGGCUUGAAGAAACACAUAAGGAUACAUACAGGAGAAAGACCGUACAAGUGUGAGGUGUGUGGCUAUGCUUGUAAUCAGAGUUUUGACUUGAAAAAACACAUGAGGAUACAUACAGGAGAAAGACAGUAUUAGUGUAAGGUGUGUGGCUAUGCUUGUAAUCAGAGUUUUGACUUGAAGAAAACAUGAGGAUACAUACAGGAGAAAGACCGUACAAGUGUGAGGUGUGUGGCUAUGCUUGUAAUCAGAGUUUUGACUUGAAGAAACACAUGACGAUACAUACAGGAGAAAGGCCGUAUUAGUGUACGGUGUGUGGCUAUUUGUGUAAAUAUAAUGGUCACUUUAAGACACACAUGAUGAUUCAUACAGGAGAGAGACCACACAAAUGUGAGGUGUGUGGUUAUGAAUGUACCCAGAGUAGUACCUUGAAGACACACAUGAGGAUACAUUCAGGAGAGAGAUAGUACAAGUGUGAGGAGUGUGGUUAUGCAUGUAACCAGAGUAUUACCUUGAAGACACACCUGAGGAUACAUUCAGGAAAGAGACUGUACAAGUGUGAGGAGUGUGAUUUUGCAUGUAACAGGAGUGAUACCUUGAAGACUCACAUGAGGAUACAUUCAGCAGAGAGACUUUACAAGUUUGAGGAGUGUGGUUAUGCUUGUAACCAGAGUUCUGACUUGAAGAAACACAUGAGGAUACAUAAAGAACAGAGACUGUACAAAUGUGAGGUGUGUGGUAAAGCAUUUUAGCAGAGUGGUACCUUGACAACACAUGAAGAUACAUACAGGUGAGAGACUGUUCAAGUGGGAUGUGUGUGGCUUUUCAUUUAAACAUAAAAGUCACUUGAAAAAAACACUUGAUGAUCCAUUCAAGAGAGAAACAAGUGUGAGUUGUGGUUAUGCAUGUAAGAAUAGUGAUUUCUUGAAGACACACAUGAGGAUACAUUCAAGAUAGAGACUGUACAAGUGUGAGGAGUGUGUUUCUGCAUCUUACACUAGUGGUAACACGAGAAGCACAUGAGGAUACAUAAUUGAAGAAAAACUUAAAACAGGAAAAAAUCACUGAUCUCUGAUAAGAGGAGUGUUAGGGCUUCUUGUGAUUAAUAUAAACUUGUAUAAUCAGAUAACUAAACAAUCGUCUCUUAAACGAUAAGCCAUGAAGGUUCAACUUUUGAAAGUAAAAUUAUUUUGUGUUCCUCUACCAAGUUUGUUAAAAUCAUGCCCAUAUGGUAAAACCUUGCCUUGUCCUGAAUCUAUUUUGUUUCCAUAUUAGGUAUAUAACGGUAUAGAACACUUGAAAAAAAAAUCUCUCUGGAACUAUAAGGCCCAGAAUUUUGGAAUUUGGCAUCUUAGUUUGUUCACAACUGGUACAUGGAUGUAACCUGUGUUCCAUAUAUGUAGUAAAACUGACAAAAAUCACUGAAUCCCUUUUGCACAAGGGUUUGGUAGUUAGCAUGAUACAUACAUGUAGCAUGGUUGUUUUCAUGCCCAUUUGAUUGAAACCGACAGUGUGGUAAACUUGUUUGAAUUAUAUAUAUAUAUUUGCCAAGUUUGAAAGUGAUUGUGGUCGGUCAAGUAUUCUUAUAUGGUUACAGUGAAACAUAGUGAACACUGUAGAAUAGUAUGAAUAUAACGGUAACUCAAGUUACAUGUAUGUGCAUUAACUGUUUAUAUUAAUGGCCUGGCUAAAUUCGCAUACGAAGGGCCAGUUUAUGUAUGUAUAUAUACACAACGGACAUAAUUGGCAUGUGAGUUUACCCAAAAUUAAUAAUGAUAAUAAAGCGUAUUGGCAGCUACAUGUAA